CGACCGUCUCUAUGGUCGAGUGGGCGGAGCCAGGAGCAAGAUGGCUGCGCCCGAAGCUGCCACGGUGCCGCAAGCUUCCGGGGGUCCCCGGGCUCCGGCGUGCCUGUUGGUGCUGGGAAUGGCGGGGUCUGGGAAAACCACCUUUGUACAGAGGCUCACCGGACAUCUGCAUAGUCAAGGCUCUCCACCUUAUGUGAUCAACCUGGACCCAGCUGUGCAUGAAGUUCCCUUUCCUGCCAAUAUUGAUAUUCGUGACACUGUGAAGUAUAAAGAAGUCAUGAAACAGUAUGGACUUGGACCGAACGGCGGCAUAGUGACCUCACUCAAUCUCUUUGCUACCAGAUUUGAUCAGGUGAUGAAAUUCAUUGAGAAGGCCCAGAACACAUCUAAGUAUGUCUUAAUUGACACACCUGGACAGAUUGAAGUGUUCACCUGGUCAGCUUCUGGGACAAUCAUCACUGAGGCCCUGGCAUCCUCGUUUCCAACGAUUGUCGUUUACGUAAUGGACACUUCUCGAAGUACCAAUCCAGUGACCUUCAUGUCCAAUAUGCUCUAUGCCUGCAGCAUCUUGUACAAAACCAAGCUGCCUUUUAUUGUGGUCAUGAAUAAAACUGACAUCAUUGAUCACAGCUUUGCAGUGGAAUGGAUGCAGGAUUUUGAGGCUUUCCAAGAUGCCUUGAAUCAAGAGACUACAUACGUCAGUAACCUGACUCGUUCAAUGAGCCUGGUGUUAGAUGAGUUUUACAGCUCACUCAGGGUGGUGGGUGUGUCUGCUGUGCUGGGUACAGGCUUAGAUGAAUUCUUCGUGCAAGUCGCCAGUGCCGCGGAAGAAUAUGAGAGAGAGUAUCGUCCUGAAUAUGAACGUUUGAAGAAAUCACUGGCCAAUGCACAAAGCCAGCAGCAGAAAGAGCAACUGGAACGCCUUCAGAAAGAUAUGGGCUCUAUAGCCCUGGACACAGGGACCGCCACAGGCAGCUCAUCUCCUAUGCUGGACCCAUCUGACUUGAUCCUAACUCGUGGAACCUUAGAUGAAGAGGAUGAGGAAGCUGACAGUGAUACUGAUGAUAUUGACCACAGAGUUACAGAGGAAAGCCAUGAAGAGCCAGCAUUCCAGAAUUUUAUGCAAGAGUCAAUGGCACAGUACUGGAAGAGAAACAAAUAGUUUGUAAAGUACAAAAUCUUGAAACUGUGUGCAGGAACUAUCCUUAUCUCUGGUUGGGAGCUACUUACUAUAGAGGACGGUUUUGUUCAGAAUAGCAGUUUCUCUUAUCAGUGAUAUCUCCUGACUCAGAUGAAGCUGAGGAUAGAAUACAGUUUGGACCUGGCAGGUAGAUGCUGAUUCCCUUGGCCUUUCCCUUGGAUUUUUGCAAGGAAGGAUAUUCUGUUUUUGGAUGCUGAUACCCUUUUAAGGCUAAAACUGCAAGUUUUAUCAUUUGAACUCACAUGCUUUUGCUGCUGAUGGAUGGAGCAGAGAGAGAACUUAGUAGGCUGGAUCUAUGGCCUCCCUCUACUUCUCAGCAUCUCGCCUUUGAAUCCACACCAUGAGUUCCCCUCCUUCAGCAGAAAGGGAAAUGGAAAACAGGAGCGUGUCCAGGGUGGUGGAGUCUCCUUGGCAACCAGUCAACGUUGGUAUGAAAUGUGUCUCACACUGAUAGCUUAUUAUAGAACACUGGGUUCAUUGAGAAAAGUGGGCAAACAUAAUGAAUAAGAAUUUCACUUUCAAUGGUGACUUGGAUAAAAAGUUUUUAAUUUUAACUUUGUUGUAAGCCUCCUUGUCAUAAUUUCAAUUAAAAUUAUUGAGGAUAGUCUUCUGUUCAAAAGAGAGGUUUAAAGCCACAUGAUGUUUACUAAAGUUCCAUGUACACACACCUAGUAACCAGGUACAAAGCCAGGCCCUUGAACUUGAACUUACAAUGCAGAGUAUCUUUAGUGAUUUACUCAAAGGCCAUGGAUUUGGGUCAGGUGCACGUUCCAUACAUAAUAGCCCUGGUAAAAAGUUUGCUCAGUCUCCACAUUCUUCAUAGUAUCUUUCUAAAAACAUACUACAUUUCUCUUAAGGAAUUUUAUCCCUGCCUAACCUGUAUUCCAGUUCAGUGGUUCUCAAAGUGUGGUCUCUGGACCAGAAGCAUCAGCAUCACCUGAGGAGUUACUACGAACAGGACACUCAGGACCUAAAUCAGAAAAAUUGUGGGGGUGGGGCCUACCGAUCUGGUUUAACAAGGCCUCCAGGGGAUUCUGAUGCAUGCUAAGUUUGAGAAACACUGCUGUAACGCAACUAAUUCCAGGCCAAGUGAAUCUCAGGUAUCAAUGCUCACAUGGCCUGCUUUAUCAGAGUACCCCAACCAGGACAAGGACCAUCUGGUGCCUCUCUUCCAAUUUAAACAUUCUAAAAAUAAAAGUAUUUUGUUUUACCAUGAAGUAUUAAUUUUAAUACUCUAUUUUAAACGAAUACCACCGGUGUAAAAACUUGAGCCUCUUCAUAGGAACCAUCUGCACAGUAAAUACAUGCUGAUGUCAGAUGUCAAUUUUUUCUUUCCCUUCGUGCCUCUGAAUACUUUUUCCUUAAGGAGGAACUUGUCCAGCUUAUGCCAUAACCUCCAUAAGGGCAGGGACAAAAAUACUCAUCUAGGUAUCCUUGCACAUGGCCUAGUACAUAGUAGGUACUCAAUAAAUGUUUGCUAAGUGAAUGAAUGAAAUACUAGGUGGCUACUUUAUGGAAA